UCACCUCCGCAUUGCGACCUCGAAGCGAUCUCUAUCCGUCUUCGACCCUCCUCGACUCCUCCUAUCCCCCUCCGUGCGCUUCUGGUUGAGAUCUCGCCUCAUCGGUUCCGUUCCUCUCGCUUCUGAUUCCUCCUGGAAGCCCUUGGACCGCCGGUUGUUCUUGUGCCUCCGAAACCCUAGGGCUUGCUUGAGAUUGGUCUGCUCUCGCGGUUGGAUGCUACUUUCGCGAGGGUUAUGUGUGGAAAUUGGUCGUUUUGUGGUAGAUUGGUGACCAUGAGGUCGUUGAACACGUGUUCUGAUUUCUGAUCAGCCCUACAAGUCCGUGAUCUGAGCCCUUGACGAGUAGGGCGCAAAAUAAUUUCUCUCGGCGACUGAGCUUUUGGUUUCGAAGCGAGAGGAUGUUUCCGAUUAUUGAAUUGAGGACUCCAGUAAUGGAUUUUCAUUUGAAGAUUUAUACAGGAAAUAAGUUUUUCACAGUAAAUCUCCACAAAUUGUGAAACAGGAUAUCAACAAGGAUUUCCAAAUGAUGCUGUUCAUAUAGAACCUUGUUCAAUCAGUUUUUUAUGUUGGUACACAUGAAAUGGGGUGCCGUGGAAGACCUGUUUUUGAUCUUAAUGAACUUCCGACGGAAGAGGAAGGCGAUAAUGAUAACCCUAUAAUUUCCCAGCCCCAAAAGUCUCUUCCAGUUGGCAAUUUGAACAGCUCAAAUCUGUUUCUAUCAUCAGAAGGGUGUCAAAGAAUACUGAAUAACCAUGCUUUCACACAUGCAUCAAUUGGUUCUGGUUUUCAACCUUUUGUUAGGAAAAAGGAUUUGCCAAAAGCGGAAUGUCCGAAACAAUUAGAUGGUGAAUCAAGCGUUAACCAAAUGCUGACAUCUGUAACUGCAAGUCUUGAGGAUGAUAACAAAGCUAGCAAGUUGGUGUCAUCGGGUGAUCAGGAUGGCCAAACAGCUGAAAGAGAAGAAGGUGAAUGGUCUGAUAUGGGUGGCAAUCCAGAUGAAAUCGUAAGCUUUUCUACCAACAAGCAAAAGGUACCUGACUCUGAAGCUGCAGAGAAGCAGAUUGUGAAUGAAGAAAGUGAACCUGACUGUAUUAGAGCUGACGAGAAUAGCCACAAUGAUUCUAGUUAUAUUGGGAAUAGCGAUAAUGAAGUUGGUGAAUCUUUUAAAGAUCUGAAAGAAAAUGAUUCUUUGGGCUCAAAGAGCCACAAAGUUUCAGAUUGUGACUCCAGAGUAGAAGUACUUGCUGAUGGCUUGGGGGAAUCUUCAAUUUCAAAGAACAAAGAAAUUAGAGGAGUUGAAGCCAGUCAUGCUCUGAGAUUUGUCAGUAAUCCUGUUAAGAGGCCCAAACUUGAUGAGCACAAGGAGGCUAUGUUAGGAAAGAAAAGGGCCAGACAAACUGUCUUUAUAAACAUGGAAGAAGCUAAGCAGGCAAGUUCUGUGAAAACUGCAACACCUAGGCGACAGACUUCUUUUUCAGCAACUGUUGUUACACGUACUGCUAAAGAUACGUUUCGUGCUGCCACAUCCUCUAUUGACCGGAUUGCUGAGAGACAAAAUCAGAUGAUAACCAAAGAACAAAAGCAAUCUAAUAUCCUGGAUGCUGAAGGUGGUUUUCCUAUUGAAUCAGUUGAUAAAAAAACAGAAACAAAUGGUGAUUUAAAUUCAGGAGGUUUAUCUAGGUCUAAAAAGAUGAACCACAAUGGUUCUGCUUUGGAUAUAUACCCACCACCAAUUCCUAGGCAGGGUCCACGUAAGCAGCCUGUUGACACCAGACAAUUUAAAAGUCUCCCUUUUUUGGGGCAAAGUGUCGCAGAUCAAAAAGUGGGAACCAAAAAAAUCGCUUCUUCAAAGAGGCCUACUUCGUCCAAUUUACAGAACCUGGAUACAUCAGUAGAACGGCUUCUUAGAGAGGUGACGAAUGAGAAAUUUUGGCAUCAUCCAGAAGAGGCAGAGCUACAGCGUGUGCCUGAACAUUUUGAGUCUGUCGAGGAGUAUGUGAAGGUUUUUGAGCCUUUGCUUUUUGAGGAAUGUCGAGCACAACUGUACAGCACCUUUGAGGAGCUUCAGGAGACUACAACAAGGGAUGCACAUAUAAUGAUUCGUGUUAAGAAUGUUGAAAGACGAGAAAGAGGCUGGUAUGAUGUCAUAGUUCUUCCAGCUCAUGAAUGCAAGUGGAAUUUCAAGGAAGGUGAUGUUGCAGUUUUGUCAUAUCCAAGGCCUGGUACAGCUAGAUCUAGUAGGAGAAAUAGUUCUGCUGCAAAUGAAGAUGUUGAACAUGAAGUUACUGGACGUGUUCUGGGUACUGUUAGGCGACAUAUUCCUAUUGACACACGUGAUCCACCUGGAGCAAUUCUUCAUUUUUAUGUCGGGGAUUUAUAUGACUCUAGUAGCAAGAUAGAUGAUGAACACGUUCUUAGGAAACUUCAACCCAAGACUACUUGGUAUCUAACCAUCCUUGGAUCCCUUGCAACUACUCAGCGUGAAUACAUUGCUUUGCAUGCGUUUCGCCGUCUUAACUUACAGAUGCAAACUGCAAUCUUGAUGCCUAGUCCAGAACAUUUUCCCAAGUAUGACGAGCAGCCUCCUGCUAUGCCUGAUUGUUUUACUCAAAAUUUUGUUGAUCAUCUGCAUAGGACAUUUAAUGGUCCACAGUUAGCUGCAAUCCAGUGGGCUGCUAUGCACACUGCUGCAGGUACAAAUAGUGGGUUGACAAAAAGGCAAGAUCCUUGGCCUUUUACGCUCGUUCAAGGCCCACCUGGAACUGGGAAAACACAUACCGUUUGGGGAAUGCUAAACGUCAUCCAUCUUGUCCAAUAUCAGCACUACUACACCGCACUGCUUAAGAAACUUGCUCCAGAAAGUUACAAGCAAACAACUGAGAGCAACUCUGAGAUUGUUAGUACAGGAUCAAUAGAUGAAGUCUUACAGAGUAUGGACCAGAGUCUCUUACGCACUCUCCCAAAACUUUGCCCUAAACCGAGAAUGCUUGUCUGUGCUCCAUCAAAUGCUGCGACAGAUGAGUUGCUAGCACGUGUUCUUGGUCGUGGUUUCAUUGAUGGAGAGAUGAAGGUCUAUCGUCCUGACGUUGCUCGUGUUGGAGUAGAUUCACAAACCCGAGCUGCACAGGCAGUUUCUGUUGAGCGAAGAACUGAGCAGCUUUUGUUGAAAGGCCGUGAAGAAGUACUUCGUUGGUUGCAUGAGUUGAAAGUUCGUGAAUGCCAUUUUGUACAGCAAAUAUCAAGUUUGCAGAGGGAAUUGAGUGUUGCAGCUGCUGCAGGACGAUCACAAGGAACUGUUGGUGUUGAUCCUGAUGUCCUUACCGCUCGGGACCAAAGCCGUGAUGUGUUGCUCCAGAACCUUGCUGCAGUUGUAGAAAGCAGGGACAAAAAUUUGGUUGAGAUGUCCCGUCUCCUUGUUUUGGAAAGCAGGUUCCGGCCUGGAAGUAACUUUAAUUUGGAAGAUGCUCGAGCCAGCCUUGAAGCAAGUUUUGCCAAUGAGGCUGAAAUUGUAUUCACAACCGUGUCGAGCAGUGGUCGCAAAAUAUUCUCUCGUCUCACUCAUGGAUUUGAUAUGGUUGUUAUUGAUGAGGCUGCCCAAGCUAGUGAAGUUGCAGUCCUUCCACCGCUCUCACUCGGUGCAGCAAGAUGUGUUUUGGUUGGUGAUCCACAGCAACUUCCUGCAACUGUUAUAAGUAAAGCUGCUGGAACUUUGCUUUAUAGCAGAAGCCUUUUUGAGAGAUUUCAGCAAGGUGGAUGCCCAACGUUGUUAUUGUCUGUACAGUACAGGAUGCAUCCUCAAAUUCGUGAUUUCCCUUCACGAUAUUUCUAUCAAGGACGUCUGACCGACAGUGAUAGUGUUGUAAAUUUAGCUGAUGAAGUGUAUUAUAGAGACCAGUUAUUGCGGCCUUAUAUUUUCUAUGAUAUUGUGCAUGGACGGGAAUCCCACAGGGGUGGAUCUGUCUCAUACCAGAAUGUUCAUGAAGCACAGUUUUCUUUGCGCUUGUAUGAGCAUCUUCAGAAGUUUGUGAAAGCAAAUGGUGGGAAAAAGGUCUCUGUUGGGAUAAUUACGCCAUAUAAAUUGCAGUUAAAGUGUCUGCAACGAGAAUUUGAGGAGGUUCUUAACUCAGAGGAAGGAAAGGAUAUUUACAUUAAUACAGUAGAUGCAUUCCAGGGUCAGGAACGUGAUGUGAUUAUCAUGUCGUGUGUGCGUGCCUCAAACCAUGGGGUGGGAUUUGUUGCUGAUAUUCGUCGCAUGAAUGUUGCUCUUACUCGAGCUAGAAGGGCAUUAUGGGUGGUUGGCAAUGCCAAUGCUCUCGUGCAGUCAGAAGACUGGGCUGCUUUGAUUGCUGAUGCUAAAUCACGAAAAUGUUUUGUUGAUAUGGAAAAAAUCCCCAAGGAAUUCCUGGUACUGAAGGGGCCUACUUCAUCUCCUGCAAGAGAUUCAUUGAAUAACAUCAGGGGUUCACGAACUGGUGGACAAAGACAACGGCAUCUGGAUGUGCUUUCAGAAACCAAGUCUGGGGCACUAUCCGAAGAUGAAGACAAGACGAACUCUUUUCUGCCAAGAAAUGGUAGUUGUAGGAAUUUGAAGUCAAAUGAGAGUCCUUCAGAGGAUCUGGGACAUUCAAGUGAAAGAUCUCGAGAUGCUUCUCAGUAUGGCAUUACUAAGAGGCAAAAUUCUUACGGGGCUUCAAGAAGAGUGAUAUAACAUGAAACUGAUACAUGCAGGCGGUGCUAUUUGGGUCUAUUGAAUGGAUUCAUGUCAACUGGAAGUAAGGCCAGGGAGCUUUCUCUGUCAAAGGUGUAGAAGGUUUUCGUUCCAAUUUCUUUUGACAAGAAAGAUUCUUGGGGGUGCUGGUAUGCCUGAUCAUUGGGGUUGAUGUGCCGGAAACAUGUGCUCGACCAUUGGAAGAAGGCAAGCAGAAGGAUUAAUUUGGAGGAUGAGAGCACCCGGUGGGAAGUUGGAACAGGCAUGAUGCCUGAGCCUGGGGAUGAUUUGGAUAAGCGGACAUCAGGUGAAGAAUUUGUAUCUUGACGUUGAAGUUCAAGCUUCAACACUACAGGCAAGAAAAUGUUUGGAAGAGUCUUGCACUAAGACCAGACCUUAUGGUGCUAGUUGAAGUGCUCCAACAAGUCAGGAAGCUGGGGAUGAUGUGGUUGAGAGCAGGUCAUCAUUCCUGCAGGCUUAUGGUGCAGGUCCAUGGGCGGAAGACCCUGAAAGCUUUGUAACACUGGCAGUUUGUGCAUAUCAAAAUUUGCUGCAGAAUUAAAUUCCGUUACCGUGCACUAGAAUAUGCUUUAGAUACAGGCCAUCUUUCCAUGUUGAAAUGGAUGUACAAGUGCAUCUGAGUCAAGGGACCCAUGCACUACAAAAUUGGCUGGGGAACGCUAGCAUCCGAAGGGUGAGCCCGGAUGAGUUGGCCUCAGAGAAUGGAGUCUUAGCAUUCUUUUGGUCUAUCUUGGAUCAUACAGGCUAUUUUGAGGCCACCCUUCUUUUGGAAGUUACAGUAAGAUUAAUAGAAAAUUAUUUGGCCAACUUUUCCUUUUGGGUUUUGCAGAACAAGUUUAGUAAUUUAAUGUUUUAUCAGUGAGGCCAAUUCUCGGUUGGCUUUCUAAUCAGAAUGACCCUUCUGGAAAUCCUUGGGAAAUGUACAGUUAUAUCACAGAAAUCAUGGAAAUUGAAUCGGCUCUAUGAUGAGCAGUGGUCAACUGUUUUUGUUUGCUA